UUCCACCGCUGCCAACGGCGUCUUCCCGCCGCCGCCCCGGGGAGCGGACACGGACCCCCAGAUUCCCCGCCAGAGAAAUGUCCGCUCCACCAGCUCAGCCGCCCGCGGAAGGGGCAGAAGGGGCCGCCCCUGGUGGGGGUCCCCCCGGCCCCCCUCCCAGCUUGACCAGCAACAGACGGCUGCAGCAAAACCAGGCACAGGUGGAGGAGGUGGUGGAUAUCAUGCGUUUGAACGUGGACAAGGUCUUGGAUCGGGACCAGAGGAUUUCUGAGCUGGAUGACCGAGCCGACGCCUUGCAUGCCGGAGCAAAGCAGUUUGGGACCAAUGCUGCCAAGCUCAAAAGGAAAUACUGCUGGGAAAACUUCAAAAUGAUGAUCAUGUUGGGGGCCAUCUGCGCCAUCAUCGUGGUAGUUAUAGUAAGUAAGUAUCGCUGCGGCGGCUGCGGGGGGCACAGGGGAGACGCCCAGCCCUGCCUGCUGCUUGCCCCCCACCUGCUGUCUGGGGAGUGGGGGUGCUGUCACCCAGGUAUGGACACCCCUGGCUGGGGGGGAGGAACCGGGGAGCCCAGGAACCCCGCUGAUGGCUGUUGGGUAAGUGGUCUCCCCGCAAGGCAUUGUGGGUAGGAGCUGACCCAUGUUGAUGCAUAGAAAUGGAGAUGGGGGGGGGUCCGCUGUUUGUCCCUGGCUGAGGUCACGGGGUCAGAGGGCGAUCUGGGCGUUCCUCUCACCGAGGCCUGGGCACCUGUCAACUGGAUGUAAUUCACCCUCUUGUUGUCUUCUGUCUGUCUCUGUCUGUCUGUCUCUCCUCCAUCCGGGACUUCUUGAUUCCUGUGUCCAGUCUACUUUUGCACUUGAGAAUGUGCCCCGCCCCCUCCCCUGUUCUCCGUCUCCACGCAAGUUCAAAUCCUGCCCGCACCCCCUCCCUGCCCUGCAACUCUGGUUGCAUUCAUUGGUAUUACACACACACACACACACUAGAAAUGCUGUGGAGGCACAGGCUCGGGGUCCCUCCCCACCCUGUUCUGCUGUGCACCUGCCCGUGUCCCCCCAAAACUGAAAAGAGUGACCAGCCAGGGCAGGGGAGGGGUUGAGGCUGGGACAGGGGUGUCCCCCAAAAGGCCACUGCAGCCGGCAGGGACAGCACAGGGCGGCGAGGUUUCUCUUCUGCGCAAGUGAGCGUGGACCCGGCACCCCUGUCUUUCAGAAAGUCAAGUUGCUCUUCCUGGCCUGUCACCCCAGGAUUCUCCAGCUUGGGUCUUGGGGGGAGGGUUCUUACCACUUUUUA